AUGCCCGCUCGCACGUUGCCCACCAUUCCUGCUGCCGAUGUGCAGGCGCAUAACACCAGCAAGAGCUGCUAUGUCACUAUCGGCGCGAAGGUUUACGACGUGACUGACUUUCUGGAUGAUCACCCCGGUGGCGGUGACCUCAUAUUGGAAUAUGGUGGAAAAGACGUAACCGCAAUUUUGAAGGAUGAGGUGUCGCAUACACACUCCGAGGCAGCAUACGACAUUCUAGACGAGAGCUUGGUUGGCUUCAUGCCUACGGAACCUAUUAUGAACGGCGCUACCAAGAGCAACAAGCCCGCUGAGAUCGUGCCCCUCCCGCCGUCAAAAGAGGGCCAGGCCGAACUAGCUGCUCAACAACCAAUGUACGCUGCGACAGGCAUGUCGACAGCAGAGGAUCUGUCCAGAGAUACCGACUUCGACACGGAUUACAAGGAACACAAAUUUCUCGACCUAUCAAAACCGCUGUUUCUACAAGUCUGGAAUGGCGGUUUCCAAAAGGACUUCUAUCUGGAGCAGGUACAUCGACCUAGACAUUACAAGGGCGGAGACUCGGCGCCGCUGUUCGGGAACUUUCUGGAGCCGCUGAGCAAGACGCCGUGGUGGAUAGUACCAACGCUGUGGGUUCCUCCCGUGAUUGCGGGGACCGCAUGGGGAUGUUCAGAACUGGGUGGAGCGCAGACUCUGGGGUAUUGGCUGUUUGGCCUGGCUUUCUGGACGCUCUUGGAGUAUAUUCUGCAUCGAUUUCUCUUCCACUUGGACUACUACCUUCCUGACAAUCGUGUUGGUAUCACGCUGCACUUCAUCCUCCACGGUAUCCACCAUUACCUCCCAAUGGACAAGUACCGCCUCGUCAUGCCGCCCACUCUCUUUGCCGCUCUCGCCGCGCCUUUCUGGAAGUUCGCCCACUUCAUCGUCUUCUGGAACUGGCACGCCGCCCUCGUAGCGUACUGCGGUGGAAUUUUCGGAUACGUAUGCUACGACAUGACUCACUACUUCCUUCAUCACCGCAAUUUGCCGGCAUAUUGGCGGGAGCUGAAGAAGUACCAUCUCAAGCACCACUUUGCCGACUACCAGAAUGGUUUUGGUGUUAGCAGUCGAUUCUGGGAUUGGGUCUUUGGCACUGAGUUGGAGAUGGCACCACCCAAGGUCCUCAAGACCAACUAG